AUGAAAGAACUUGGAGAAGUUAGAUACUUCUUAGGCAUAGAAUUUGCUAGAGCAAAAGAGGGCAUUCUUAUGACUCAAAGAAAAUAUGCCUUAGAGAUUAUUUCUGAUGUAGGCUUGGCAGGUUCUAAGCCCAAAGAGACACUAAUAGAGCAGAACUUGAAGCUGAAAAGCACUAAGUUUGACACUUGCACAGACACAAGUAAGGGAGAUGAGCUGCUGGAAGACAUGGGGAGCUAUCAAAGGCUCAUAAGAAAGCUUUUGUAUCUUACAAUAACAAGGCCAGAUAUCUCAUAUGCAGUGCAGUCACUAAGCCAGUUUAUGCAUGCACCUAAGAAGUCUCAUUAUGAAGAAGCACUUCAUGUAGUAAAGUACAUUAAGAAGCAACCAGGGUUGGGGCUAUUAAUGUCAAGUGAUAACAAUGAAGAAAUAGAAGCAUUCUGUGAUUCAAAUUGGGCAUCGUGUCCUAUGUUAAGAAAAUCUGUUACUGGAUACUGUGUUGAACUUGGGAUUUCAACCAUAUCCUGGAAAGCUAAGAAGCAACAUACUGUGUCUAGAAGCUGA